AUGUCUUGUGUUGUUCCAGGACCCGACAUACCCGGUUUCCUGUUGCAGCCGUUCAGAAAACCGAAGAGGAUUAGGACAGCAUUCUCCCCUUCUCAGCUUCUCAAAUUAGAACAUGCCUUCGAGAAGAACCAUUACGUGGUCGGAGCUGAGAGGAAGCAGCUGGCUCAGGCAUUGAGCUUGACGGAGACACAGGUCAAAGUGUGGUUCCAAAACAGAAGAACGAAACAUAAACGAAUGCAGCAAGAAGAAGAGGCGAAAACGGGCACGAAAUCAGGUUCCUCCAGUUCCAAGCCCGAGGACAAUCAGUUCAACAACUCCUAUGAAGAGGAAGAUGAGGAACUUAUCGAUAUGGACAUGGAUGAACUAAGUGAGAGUGACAACGAGACGUGAGAAGUGAACGUAGUGAUCUG